UAGAAAUGCCUGCCUGCUCGUAGAGAUGCAGAGAAAGAAUGACAGGGAGAGAGGGAGGGAGGCAGGGAGGGAGAGUGUGUGCAUCAGAGAGUCAGAGUAGAAUGAAAGCAGCACAGAUUACCUACGAAAGGAAAACCAGACUUGUUUUUCUUGUUUCGGCAUGUCUCAAGAAGGGAGGACGUCCUAUUAUAAACUAAACUAAGCUCGGUGCUCAUACAAUUCAGCGGGAGGACUGGUGUCUGUGUCUUGGAUUUAAACAUUCAGACGAAGAUGUCAGAACCUCCUCCAGUGGCUGCCAGGAAGCAUUCAGGUGUCCAAGUCAUGAUCUCUCCACGAGAACAGCCUCCUGAGCUGCCCCUCAUCACAGAUGCUAGCAAAGAGAAUGGUGCCAGUGCAGAGUCAAAUCAUAGAUCUCUGUUGAAUGCAGAAAGAGAAGUGGAGAUUCUGAACCACUGCUUCAGUGACGUGGAGAGAUUCAUGAUGCUCUUGCAGCAGACAGCAGAGGCCCAGAGUGUCCUCAACAAAAGGAAAAAAAAGAGGAGCACUAAGAACAAGAAGAAGGAGGCCCAAGAUGAUGAUUUGUUGACCCUGAAGGCUUUCCCUCCACCUGAGGAAGAAUUUGUGGACAUCUUUCAGAAAAUCAAGUAUGCCUUCAGUCUGCUGGACCGUCUCAAGUCAUCCAUUGCACAGCCUGAUUCUCCGGAGCUGCUGCACCACGUCUUUGUGCCGUUGAGGCUGCUGGUUAAAACCACCGGAGGGCCUGAACUUGGUGCUUCGGUGCUCAGUCCUGCUAUGACCAGUGGUGCUGUUUUGCUGCUGCAGGAGCAUCUGACUGAAGAAGAGAAACAGCUAUGGGCUUCGUUAGGAACUAACUGGACUACCCCCAGUUCGCACCUGGGAGUGUCUGUUCCUCCAUACUCCCCCGUCUUCCUGGAUGGGUGGCAGCCUCAGGCCUAUGACACGGCCGGCCAGCCUUUGGACGAUCCCAUCGAGUCGCAGCACAAACAGGAUGCUUACAAGGAAAGUCUACAGGAACAAGCUCAACAGACAGCAAAGGUCUCAAGUGAAGGAACUGACAAAGUAGAUGGAAACGGGCUUCCACCAGAAGGAGAGAGGCUCUACUGCUGCAGUUAUGACUUCGUGGCAAGAAACAGCAGUGAAUUGUCAGUGCUACAAGGAGAAAUACUAGAGGUGGUUGAAUCAUCAAAGCGCUGGUGGAAGUGUCGGAAUCGCUUUGACCAGAUAGGAUUUGUUCCCUUUAACAUUCUGGAGCCUCUGUCUGCUCUGAAUAACACAGAGACAGACACCUCAGUGGUCCACAGAGACUUAAAGAUGGCUAUUUCUCCUCGGACAAAAUAUUUCUCAUACACUCCAACAAGCCCAGUUGGGACCAGUCCUACUGCUACAAGUCCAACAGUGCGACCUCAAAGCAUGGGCUUACCAUCGACAGCCAUGCAGGAGGAAGAUGGUCGAGUCCUGUUAAUAAAUGAUGAGCUUCUCCAGCGACUGGCAGAGAAAAGAGACUCAGGCCGUCCACUGGUGGUCCCUCGUGCAGCCGAAACCUCUGCACCCCUGAACUACCACUCGGCAGCUGCUGAGGUGGAGGCCUGGCUCACCGCUAAAGGCUUCAGCCAACAGACAAUCCAGAGUCUGGGCAUUUUAAAUGGUGCACAGCUGUUUUCCCUAAACAAGGAGGAGCUCCGCACGGUGUCACCUGAGGAAGGUGCCAGAGUUUACAGCCAGAUCAUGGUGCAGAAAGCCCUUCUUGAGGAUGUGCGCAAAGCCUCCGAACUAGAGAAGGUGAUGGAGAAACAAAAACAGAAGAUAUCUGAGUGAUGACAGAGUUGUCAGUAUCCACUAACACAGGUGUGAUAUCAAGACUUAUUAGAGGUAAAGAUAAAAUUAGUCUUUCAAUUAAAUAUGCUGUUAAAUCUCAGCAAAAGCAAUCAAUCUUAAAAGCCAGGCCUCAUUCACUAACACUGAUUUGAAAGGCAACUUUUUUUGUUUAUUGUUCUUACUCUUUUGUUAAAUUCCAUAUUUCUGUUAUCACAUGUUGAGAUAAUGUUGGAAGUUUGCAAUAGAUGCAACACAAUAAUCCAAAAAUAAUGGUCAGUUUUGUCAGUUGAAAUGGUCGACUCCACAGGGCAGUCAGUUGUUUGGCUGAUUCAAGUUUUUAUUACAUGUACAUCAAUCUGUAUUUAAACAACACACACUUCAAACAUACUUCAUUUAAAACUGCAGUCCUGAGUCUUAUAUAUAGCGUUUUUAAGACAGUAAAUUGUUCUCUUUCUUGUGCUUUUUUGUUGGUACUUCAGUUGCAAAGAAUGUUAUGAAAUAAUGUACAACGUAGGAUUAUAAGAAAUAUAAUAUUGUCAAUAUAUUAGCUUCAAUAAUAUAUUAUGUGCAUAUUUGUUUUUUAUUUUGACAUAAAUGAUCAAACCAUGCAUUUUAACAAAGACAUGAAGAAUUGUAGAUAAACUCAUUUCAUACUUAAUUUUGAGAAUGUCUGUCAUUUUUAUCCUCUGUGCAAAGAACAAAAACAUGUUUGAUUUCUAAUAAUUAAAAGAAAGCGUCACUGCAGACGUCAACAUACAUAAAAACACAGAUUCAGGUAGAAGUAAUUUAACACUGUGCAGAGAUGUGCAGUGCACAACAUGUUACUUCAGCACAUUCUUACAAAUAAAGCUCAUUAGAGGUCAAACAUUGUACUGUAAACAGCCAUUGCCUGUUUUUUGCCUCCACUAGCAUUGCACAUUUCAGACGAUUCCUGACUAAAUUUUCCACUUGCUCUAAAACUGUCUUCUCAUUUAACAUCUUCAGAGGUAGGAGGAUUAUUUCAUGUUUUCAGCACACAAAUUCAUCGUAGAUGUCAAGUAGAAAAAUUACACUUCAGGUACUUCAGUUCAAGUACACAGUUAACUUAUGUUUGUUUAUAUAUAUAUAUAUAUAUAUAUAUAUCUCAUGGUAGAGACUGCGAUUUGGUAGAAUUGGAGUUUCUACCAGUAGAGACUGCGAUUGGAGUCUCUACCAGUAGAAACUCCAAUCCUACCAGUAGAGAUUUGUCAGGGCUAAGGUUAGACUUUUAAGGUUAGGGUCAGGGGUCGGGGUCAGGGUCAGUUAAGGUUAGGGUCAGGGGUCAGAUUUAAAGUUCCAUCUCUACUGGUAGAAACUCCAAUUCUACCAAAUCGCAGUCUCUACCCUGACACAUAUAUAUAUAUAUAUAUAUAUAUACACAUACACACACAGUGUCUUGUGAAAGUAUUCGGCCCCCUUGAACUUUUCAACCUUUCGCCACAUUUCAAGCUUCAAACAUAAAGAUAUAAAAUUUUAAUUUUUUGUCAAGAAUCAACAACAAGUGGGACAGUGAACGUGGAACGAAAUUUAUUGGAUAUUUUAAACUUUUUUUAACAAAUAAAAACCUGAAAAGUGGGGCGUGCAAUAUUAUUCGGCCCCCUUGCAUUAAUACUUUGUAGCGCCACCUUUCGCUGCUAUUACAGCUGCAAGUCGUUUGGGGUAUGUCUCUAUCAGUUUUGCACAUUGAGAGACUGAAAUUCUUGCCCAUUCUUCCUUGCAUAACAGCUCGAGCUCAGUGAGGUUGGAUGGAGAGCGUUUGUGAACAGCAGUCUUCAGCUCUGCUGAAGAAAAGCAGGCCCAAACCAUGAGGCUGCCACCACCAUGUUUGACAGUGGGGAUGGUGUGUUCAGGGUGAUGAGCUGUGUUGCUUUUACGCCAAACAUAUCAUUUUGCA